GGGCCAAGGGGAGGGUCAUGGUUGGGCUGGAGGAGCUUCAAGGGCUUUUCCAAGGCGGGUGAUGCUGCGAAAUCUCUUUGCCGUGGCCUUUUCCUGUGGCCUUGUGCCCCGUGAGCUGCAUCAGUGUGAGGUUGUUUCCUGGGGUCACCCCCGCCCUGUUGCGGUACCCCCUGGAGCCGCUGAGCAGCCUCAGAGGGUUCACAAGAACUUUGGCCAAGGUUUGGCCCCUCACUAAGGUUUUGGCUCUCGGUUCCUCCAGGCGACGGGAUGGCGGACGGGAAGGAAAACGGCCUGGAGGAGGUGGAAGGGGCUGAGCUGGUUUGGGACCUGUCGGAGGUGGUCAUCCCCCCAGAGCCGAGCCCGGCGGCGCAGCGCGAGGCUGAGACUCAACCCCAAGGCUCUGAAGAUCCAAACGCCACCACCCACGGGCGCCCAUCGCGGAGGAAGGGCGGUCGUGGGAGGCGUUCAACCGAGAAACCCUACGGCCGCAGUAAGAGCGGGGUCACCCCGGAGCCCCCCUAUAGCUGUUUGGAGUGCGGGAAGAUCUUCAGUCGGAGGUCCUUCCUCAUCCCCCACCAGCGCAUCCACACGGGUGAAAAACCCUUCACCUGCCACGAGUGCGGGAAGGGUUUCCGGGUUGGGUCGGCUCUCAACAAGCAUCAACGGAUCCACACGGGCGAGAAACCCUACAAGUGCUCGGACUGCGGGAGGCGUUUCCGCCUCACCUCCACCCUCAGCGCCCAUCGGAAGAUCCACACCGGGGAGAAACCUUACGUCUGCCUCGUUUGCGGGAAGACGUUUCGGUUGAGUACGUAUCUGGUGGCCCACGAAGCCACCCACAGCUUGGACAAUCCCUUUCGGUGUCUCGCGUGCGGGAAGAGCUUCAGCUUGAGACGGUACUUGGCCAUUCACCAGCGGAUCCAUACGGGAGAGAAACCGUUCAAGUGCUCGGUGUGCGGGAAAGGCUUCAGCCGGAGAUCGAUCCUGAUCGUUCACCAGCGGGUUCACACCGGGGAAAAACCCUACAAAUGCCCCGAAUGCGGGAAGAGCUUCAUCAUGAGUUCAGACCUCGUCGCCCAUCGGAGGAUCCACAGCGGGGAGAAACCCUACAACUGUCUCAACUGCGAUAAAAGCUUUCGGCUGAGCUCCCACCUUACGAGACACCAGCGAAGCCACACCGGGGAGAGACCGUAUAAGUGUCUGGAUUGUGGGCAAAGCUACACAGACAGCUCCGGCCUCAUCAAACACAAGAAGGUCCACGUGCGGAAGAAGCAAAGGACAUCUCCGGGAGCCCAGCCGGGGGAGGGACGUUAUAAAUGUCCCUAUUGUAGCAAGAGCUUCCACGCCAAGUCAACUCUGGUCCUUCACCGGGCCACCCACGUCGGAGAGAGACCCUAUAGGUGCUCCAAGUGCGAGAAGAGCUUCAGGCACAGCGCCACCCUCCUGAAACACCAACGGAUCCACACGGGGGAGAGACCCUUCAAGUGUCCCGACUGCGACAAGUGCUACAACGAUGGCUCAACCCUUCGGAGACACCGGAGAAGCCACACCGAGGAGAAACCCUUUAAGUGUCCCACUUGCGGGGAAUGUUUCGGGGCCGUCGAGGCUCUCCUGAAGCAUCAGCGGUUCCACACCGAGGGGAGGCCUUACAGAUGUUCCGACUGCGGGAAAAACUUCCAGUCGAAUUUUCUCCUCGUCACCCACCGCCGGAUCCAC